AUGGAUUUCUUGAAAGCUGUGAGGCAAUCUUCACAACUUCUCAAUACGGCAACACAAUAUUACCAAGAAUUCAAAUCACAGCAGUCGAAAGAAAAACCAAAUGAGAUCGAGAAAAUAUCAGAAAGUAGAUUGAAAAAAAUGCUGAAGUUGGAUAAUUUAACCAAUUUUUCUUGCCAUUCCGAGUCUAAUUCGAACGGACCUUGUUUUUAUGCCAUUUUUAUCCCGGGAUCACAGUCAGUUUAUAAAUCCACCGAUGAGAAACUUGUGAGACAACUAUGUGCCAAACUGAAUCCAUUAGGGUCUGUACACGGUUCUAAUCUCGAGAAUUUGAUGAAAAUAGUUUGGGAAGAGCCGGACUGGUCAACUUUGCAUUAUGCAGUAGCUUGUGGAAUCAUUCCUUACUUGACUACAAUGCUUCAAAAGGAUAAAGAACUAGUAUUCAAUCAUGCUACUUGUGAUGGUAAGCUUCCACUGAAUAUUGCCGCUGAGAAAAAUCAAAUAGCAGUUCUUCAACUACUUCUUAAAGAAGGAGCUCCUCUACAUCAGCAAGAUGCUCUUGGCCGAACUGUUGUUCAUUGGGCCGCUGUUUCGGAUGUAGCAAUCCUUCAGGAGCUAUCCUGUUCUCCGAAUUUUAAUGCUGGUCUCUUGGUUCUCGAUGGGGAUGGGCUCUCUCCUUUGUCUUUAGCCAUCCGUGCUUCCAACUUUGAAACUGUCAAGCUGUUGAUGGGAUUGUCUGUGCCAUUGGGUCCUUUAAAAUCAGGACCUCUGCUUAAUGCUGUUGUAAAUUUGCCAUAUAAAGAGUCUUUGGGAAGAAUUUUGGAAUUAAUAACAAUAGUUUCUCCUACUGUCAUCGAACAAGUUGAUGGCAACGGUAAAACCGUCAUGCACAAGUCACUUGAUAAAAAAGUCCUCUCUGCAAUCUUGAAAAAUAGUGCAGUGCAUAUUAACAUAGACAAGAAAGAUAAUCAAGGAAACACUCCAUUGCAUUCAGCUGUUGAGCGAGGAGACCUUGACCAUGUGACUAGCCUUCUCACAUUUGGAGCAAACCCUAACGUAUUCAAUGGGAAAGAUGAAACACCGUUGAUGAAAGCUGUUCAGGGCGCACAUUUUGUCAUUAUCAAAGCAUUACUACUGUUUGAUGCAAACAUUGAACUGAAGAAUGCAAAAGGUGAAGAUGUUUUCAAUCAUUCCUCUGUUUCUAAGAAGAGAGCUGACAUCGAGAAAAUACUAAAGCAAGCUUCGUUGCCAUCUUCUGUACCUCCUGCAGCUGAAAACGCCUUUGACGAGUUUGCCCAAAAACUUGCUGUUGAAUAUCAGAACUCAGUCUCUGACAAAAACGUGAACGUCGUCAAUUUGCUAUCACUCGAUGGUGGAGGAAUACGCGGAUUAGUUCUCAUUCAAAUCCUACUUGAGUUGGAGAGAAGGGCCGGCAAACCGAUUUUGCCUUACUUCCAUUGGAUGGCAGGAACAUCCACUGGAGCUAUUCUAGCCUUGGCAUUAUGUCAAGGGAAGGAUACACGUCAUUGUCGGAAUCUCUAUUUCAAGUUGAAAGAGGAUGUGUUCACGGGAUCUCGUCCGUUUGAUGCAUCGAAAUUGGAAGAAAUUUUGAAGUUGGAAUAUGGUGCUGAGACAACGAUGGAAAAAAUCGGAGGAAACAAGAAAAUUUUCGUGACCACAUGCCGAGGAAACGUAAACCCUCCUCAAGCAAAGGUUAUUCGCUCGUACAAAUCUCCAAAACCAUCAGACGACUCUGAUCCUUCAAAGACUUUAGCUUGGUAUGCUGCGCGUUGCUCCAGUGCUGCACCUUCCUAUUUCAACGCAGUGGAUGGCAAAUGGAUGGAUGGAGGCUUGGUUGCAAACAAUCCUUCGUGUGAUCUUCUAACCGACGUUCAAAAUUAUAAUAUCGCUUGCAGAAUGAAGGGUUUAACGAGUGCAGUCCAAGUGGGUUGCCUUUUAUCUCUGGGUACGGGACGAGCUCCUAUUGUAUCAAUUGAUAAAGUCGAUCUCGAGCUACCAUCACUUUCUAAUGUCAAAGAUAUAUUUACCAAAAUCAACUCAUUGGUUCAUAUGAAAAAUCUUCUCAUUGAACAGAUUGCCUCUGCUGAUGGUGUCGCCGUUUCACGUGCGCAAUCUUGGACUCACUCUUUGCCUGCACCUUUCUUCCGUUUCUCACCUUUCUUAUCUUCAGUCAUAGAGCUGGAUGAAACAAAAGAUGAUGUUCUUAUCGAAAUGAUGUGGCAGACUAAGGUCUAUAUGGCUUCAGAAGAAGCUUCUGUUCAACAACUUGUCAGUUUCCUAAUAAGAUAA